AACUCUGAAAUGGACAGAAGCGUGAAAGACUGACUGGGUGGCCGUGAUUAAAUUAGGUAACGUAUCAUUCAUUCAUUCUUACAGACACUUGCAAAACGUGGAUCAUCAUGGGACCCUCUAGUUUCUUGACUCUCACGACCAGCUAACGUUAGCUAGCUAGAAUGAGCCACAUGCUAUCACGGUUAGCUACUAACGUUAGCUACCGACUGGACUUUCAGCUAACUGUUCCUGACGACUAUUACUAACAAUAAAACGUUGACCAGCUAACUUUACUUCGCUGACUUGCUUGUUGGUUUGUGGUAACAUGCCUGUAUUUGUCAGUCUGAAAGAUAAUUGGCGCAGUCAGUGUUUGCUAUGAAUCAUUAGCAUUGCUAACUUGCCUUCACGUGAGCUACACACUAGCAAUGGCUGGCACCAACUUGGUACCGGGACGGGCACUACUGUAGUAGUCGCCAAUUAGGACCUGACGGCAUGUAACCGUGGUUUAACGUAUUCCAAACAAUAUCGGAUCGUUUACGAAUAACAUGUUAGCUAAGUUACCCCACAUAGGAAGUGGUUACACGUGCCCAAUGCGCGUGUAACGUUAGCUUCACUGUGAAUUUAAAUCACCGCCGCCAACACGUUUCUUGAAGGCUGACUUUUUUUUGUUUAACUCCACUGUGAGUUACUUUAGUGUCCUUCCACGACAUUAGAACAACCUCACUAUUUGUGAUCGCGUCUGCCUUCAUGAGCACGUUCACGUCCCAUCGGGCUGCUCCUCCAUUCAUCGACACUGGCUCCUAACUUAUGAAAAGUGUGACUGUUACGUAACAACGUUACAGCACGCGAUAUGCUUUACUGAGGUAUCUGACCUCUCAGUUCUCACAAAUAUCUUACAAUCAGUUCAAAUACAAUCAUCCAACCGACCCCAGUCUAAUUUGUGGAAAAUAUAUAUUUUAAUAGGUCUCAGCUGCUCAGUUUUUCAAUGUAGUCAAUGGUUUAAUGUGCUAUUCGUAUAUUUGAACACCAGCAGUAAUACAUGGAUAGUUAGUUUGGUGAUCUAUACACUUUUAAUCCUGUUUGAGGUUUUAUGGGCGAGAAUUGUAGCCUACUCCAAAAUAUUUAUGGUUGCCAACAAGUCUGAUUUGAAUGUUUUUAUAAUGUGCCAGGCACAGUAGUUGCUUUCAUUUACACCUUAUGUAUAACUGCAGAGCAGUAACAACUGCUGAUGAUGACAACAACAACAACUACUACUAGAACAAUGUCAAUAGUAAUUCAGUGGAAUCGGCCUAAUAAAAGGCUUCUUUUAGUUACAUUUGAUCUUUUUCAAUCCACAGAAGAUGAGUCAUACUCCCAGUCUCACUCUCUCUGAGCUGAGCUUCUUCUGACUUGGUGCUAGUUAAUGAGUUUCUCUAAAAAGAGAGCGGUCAUGUGAUUAACUUAGCCAAUCACAAUGGCUGCAUUUACAAUACUACUAAAUGAACAGGAGAAGUCUGGGCAAUGAAGGCACGCCUGGGGCAGAGAGGACCUUACUUACCAGCAUGAGCUGCUUUUAUCACCUAGGUGGGUUUUUAGGUUGCCUUCGACUAUUUCACCAUAUAAGUAGAAUAAUGUGAUUUAUUUUCUCUUCAGUCCAGAGUUACCAGAUGAGUGUUUUGUAGAAAACGUGGGGCUCCGUGACGGAGUGCUGCACUGAUGAUCUGAACACAGUUUGUAGGUGAGUUUGUGCCUUUCUUGUUUCUUUUUUGGUUUUGGAUGAUUAUCUGCUCUUUUUUGCUUUCUCUGCUCACAUUGUAUGGAUUGAGUACAGUGUGUUGCAUUUAUGACGUCUAUGCAGUUCACACCGUACUGUUAAAUGGGACCAAGCUCAGAAAGCGCAUGUUUCUGUUUGUCCACCUACCCGCUAAGGUAUUUGUAGGGCUGUUUUUGCCUCACUCUGUUCGGAGGUCUUGUUUGCACAGACUUCCUCUGGGUGGCUGGCACAACCUUUAGUCAGAAGGGCAGGAGACUCAUCCUUUGUCCCUCAAUGACCCUCUUUGUCAUUCCCGCAAUUCAUUAUAGCGCUCUGUGCUAACAUACACAUGUUUUCUGUCUCAUGCAUCCAUGCUGUGUCUGAACAGCAGCAUAUGUUAGUAAAUGUCAGUUAAGCUUGAUUCAUUUCGUGUACAGUAUGAUGGUCUUAGUGUACAGUCUACUGACUUGUAAGUUUUUCUUCUACCUUCUCCAGCCCUCCAGUUGUCUUGGUUUCUGUAAGCAGGCAGUUGGGCGGCUUUCGUGUUCAGAGUUUCACCGUCCUGAGCUGAGGAAUAUUAAACAUGACUGUGGCCAAUGCAAAGUCUGGCAAAGCCAUGCAGCAGAUACUGGACAACCUGAAAGACCUGCCAUCAGGCUCAGGAGCCAAAGAUAUUGACCUAAUAUUCCUCAAAGGCAUCAUGGAGAGCCCCAUCGUCCGCUCCCUCGCAAAGGCCCAUGAGCGUCUUGAAGAAGUUAAGUUAAAAGCUGUGCGGGACGAUAAUGUUCAGCUGGUCACAGAGAUCCUGGAUUCCCUCAACAACCUGCCAGAAAAAGAUUCUACCGCUGCUGAGCUUGUCAAAAUCCUUCAGGAGCCGCACUUUAAGUCUUUGAUAGAGGCUCAUGAUAAAGUGUCUGCAAAGUGCUAUGAAAUGCCCCACACUGCGGCGAACAGCAACGCCUUGUUGACGGGUUCACUCAUGCCAGCUGAUGCUGUGAGGAUGAUUGGCAUCCAGAAGAAAGCCGGGGAACUGCUGGGGAUGACAUUCCGCGUGGAGCGGGGAGAGAUGGUGAUCGCACGGAUCCUGCACGGCAGCUCGAUUGACCGGCAGGGCAUGCUGAACACGGGAGACAUAAUCCGCGAAGUGAAUGGCCGCGAGGUCGGUGAGAGUCCUCGUGAACUCCAGGAGCUGUUGGGGGACUGCAGUGGGAGCGUCACACUCAAGGUUCUGCCCAGCUACAGAGACACACCGGCACCUCCACAGGUUUAUCUGAAGCCCCACUUCAACUAUAAUCCGGCCACGGACAACCUGAUCCCCUGUAAAGAGGCAGGCCUGGUCUUUUCCAAGGGAGACAUCCUUCAUGUAGUCAACAGGGAGGACUCCAACUGGUGGCAGGCGCGCAAAGUCGUUGGUGGAGCGACUGGUCUCAUCCCCAGUCAGUUGUUGGAGGAGAAGAGGAAAGCUUUUGUGAGAAGAGACUGGGAUACUUCUGGUACAGGGAUGAUCUGUGGAACCGCGAAGAAAAAGAAGAAAAAAAUGAUGUACCUCACUUCAAAGAAUGCAGAGUUUGACCGAUAUGAGCUGCAGAUCUAUGAGGAAGUAGCCAAGAUGCCACCGUUUCAGAGGAAAACGCUGGUUGUGAUUGGAGCCCAGGGAGUUGGGAGGCGGAGCCUGAAGAACAGACUAAUCGUCAUGAACCCUCUGCGAUAUGGAACCACUGUACCCUUCACGUCACGACAUCCGAGGGAAGAGGAGAGAGACGGCCAGAACUACUGCUUUGUGACGCGAGAAGAGAUGGAGAAGGACAUCAGGGAGAACCGUUAUCUGGAGCAUGGCGAGUAUGAUGCCAACCUUUAUGGCACCAAGAUCGACUCCAUCCAUGAAGUGGUGGAUGCCAGCCGUACCUGCAUCCUGGACGUCAACCCUCAGGCCCUGAAAGUGUUGAAGACUGCUGAGUUUAUGCCAUUUGUGGUGUUUAUUGCUGCUCCUGAACUGGAUACACUAAGAGCCAUGCACAAAGCUGUGAUAGAUGCUGGACUUACUACCAAACUACUCACGGAGAACGAUUUGAAGAAGACUGUGGACGAGAGUGCCAGGAUCCGUCGGGCAUAUAGCCACUACUUUGACCUGACUAUUGUCAAUGACAAUCUGGACAAGGCCUUUGACAAACUGCAAGAGGUGGUAGAGCGAUUAUUCAUAGAGCCCCAGUGGGUUCCAGUCAGCUGGGUCUACUGAUGUUUUACAACCUACUGGACAGACAUUGCUGUUCGAGCUGCUAGGCUUGGGAUGAAAGGGGACACCUUAAGGGACGGAGAAUUUAACACCGCAGCCACGGACAUGUCAGACCUGUGUGAAUAUGGGUCUUGCGCAAAGCUGUAUCGGAGCCACCUUUUCUGAAUAGCCAGAUUCCUUUCUAGCUCUCUAUGCAACUUCCAAUGCACAGGAAGUGUACUUAUUUAUUGGCAAUUUCUUUUUAAAGAAUCCUUUCUAUUCUUGUGGAUUGGGAGACAAAAUACUGGCUCUUGUGUCAGGAUAUUUUAAAAGCAAAUGCAAUUUUUUGUCAUGUCCUGUUUUUAAUUCUUCUGCUCUGUAUGUAAAAUAGGUAAAGUGUAUUUAUUUUGCUAAAAAUGAGGAGAGCUUGCUCAUUGAAAAGAACGAUACCUCAGUGUUACAGUUUACAGUGUCUCCAGUCUCCAGUAUGUCAUCUCAUUUUGUCACUACAAACUUGUCAUACAUGUAGAAUGGUAUCUUACUUUUGAGACCUUUCUUCUUCCUCAAGGCUGCAUUUCUGCUCUGCCGUCUGUGCAGUUCAAACUCAUACAUGGAAAAUGUCAUGCGAGUCACUGUUUUUUGUACAGAAGAAAAAUGAAUUCUGUAGCGUUACCCCAUUGUUUCUUUCACUCAAGCACAACAGAUUACAUUAAUUAUGUUGAUUGUUUGUCAGACAUUUAGAUCACGUAAGUAUUUCUGACUGUUAGACCCGUCAAUAUGGUGCUGUCUUUGUUUAAAAGAAACUUUCCACAGAACUCUUGAACAGGGUACUUCAAUCUCAGUGAAUCAUCCCUUUUGAUGUGAUAUUACUAAAACUUAACCGUUUUAAAUAAAGUUCAUAUUUACUUAUAAAAGGUAUAUUUUACAAGAAUUCAGAAAAGUCGUAUUUUCAGAUGUCAAAUAAAUAACUGUUUUCUAAUAAUCCACAUUGGUUUUGCUUUGCUCCUUUGGUGGAAUUACUUGACAAACGUGUUCACCAACUGGAGGAGAAGAUAUUUAACCGUCUGAGGUGAUGUAUUUUUAUGGCCAGUCUGCUCUGAUUAGAUUUUGGUGGUCAAAGGUUAAGGUCACUGUGAACUCACGUCAGACCCAUUUUAGUGAACGUGACAUUUCAGGAACACCUUGAGCACAUUUCCUCAAAUAUGGCACGAACAUCCACUUGCACUCAAGGUUGAAGUGAUCA